AUGUCGUCGUCGUCGGCAUGUCGCUGACAAUUUAGUGAACAAACUAGAUUUCAGUAUUUGCGUAUCAGCUAGCUGACGGUAAAAGAUAGUAGUAGCAAUGUACUAGUACGUAGCCUUCUUUUCUUUGGUUGUUCCACUGCAGUACCAGUACUUGGUCUCGUUGUCGUAUUCAAAACCAAACUUCGAAAUCGGUACUUAUUAGCAACAGCGAGCAAUUCCUGUAGACGGGACGGGGGCCAAUCCACACUAACAUACUUCUUCUACAUUCUAAUUCUACUACAUAAUACACAGACAUCGCGCUUCCCAUUGCCAUUUCCACUGGUCCUCGAUGAUGAGGCCGGCGCCGGAGACAAGCACGCGGCCGCAGCUGCGUCGUCGUCGUCGUCCUCGUCCAGUGCCAUUGGUGACGGUGGUCGUGUCCGUGGCGCUCGUCUCGCUACUGUGCCUCCCUGUCGCCGCGGACGCAAGCAGAGCGCUGCACCACAACAACCGGGAGCAGCACCGGGGGCACCAGAACCACCGUACGACGGAGAACAAGAAGAACAGCCACGUCUCGCUCCCUCCCGACGCCGACGGCGGCGAUUCUCCGCCCGAGCCUCCGGAAGCUGACGGCGGUGCGCCGCCGCCGCCGCUCCCGCCACCGCCUCCCGAGGGCGACGACGACUGCGGCGACGUGUUCGACGUCAGGGCGUUCGGCGCGUCGGGCGGCGACGGUGGCUCGUGCGGCGACGACGACACGCCCGCGUUCCGCGCGGCGUGGAAGGCGGCGUGCUCCUCCGACUCCGCCACGGCCACGCUGCUCGUGCCGUCCGACGGCGUGUUCACCAUCACCUCCACCAUCUUCUCCGGGCCGUGCAAGCCCGACCUCACCUUCCAAAUCGACGGCGUCCUGAUGCCGCCCGACGGGCCGGCGAGCUGGCCGGCGACCGACAGCCGGAAACAGUGGAUCGUCUUCUACAAGGCCGACCGCUUGACGCUGGCGGGGGAAGGCACCAUCGAAGGCAACGGUGAGGAGUGGUGGGAUCUCCCGUGCAAACCUCACAGGGUACUCCUACUCCUCUCUUCCGCUCCGCGCUGCAUUAGGUCCAAACGGAUCGACGCUGCCCGGACCUUGCGACAGCCCUGCGCUCAUACGAUUCUUCUUGAGCAACGACGUGACGGUGUGCGGCCUGCGGAUCGAGAACAGCCCGCAGUUCCACCUCAGGUUCGACGACUGCGAGCGCGUGCGCGUCGACGGCCUCUUCGUCAGCUCGCCGGCGUCCAGCCCCAACACGGACGGCGUCCACGUCGAGAACACCACGUCCGUCCAGAUCCUCAACUCCAGGAUCUACAACGGCGACGACUGCGUCUCCAUCGGCGCCGGAUGCUCCGACGUCCACGUCGAGAACAUCACAUGCGGCCAUGGCCACGGCAUCAGCAUCGGCAGCCUGGGCGUCCACAACACGCACGCCUGCGUGUCCAACAUCACGGUCCGGAACGCGAGGAUCCUCGACUCCGACAACGGCCUCCGGAUCAAGACGUGGCAGGGCGGCACCGGCGCGGUGACGGCGGUGGAGUUCGCCGGCGUGCAGAUGCAGAACGUGAAGAGCUGCAUCGUCAUCGACCAGUACUACUGCCUCGGCCACGGGUGCGCCAACCAGACCUCCGCGGUGCGCGUGGCCGGGGUCACGUACAGGGACAUCCACGGCACCUACAACCCGCAGGCCGGCGCGCCCAUCCGCCUCGCGUGCAGCGACGCCGUCGCCUGCACGGACAUCACCAUGUCCGGCGUCGAGCUGCUGCCGGCCGGCGGAGACGAGGGAGCGCUGCUCGCGGACCCUUACUGCUGGAACGCCUACGGAGUCAUGGAGACGCUCACGCUGCCACCAGUCUACUGCUUGCUGGAAGGCAGCCCGGAGUCUCUCCAAGACCCGCUCACGAGUUGCUGAGAUGAGAUGACAUUGUUCUCUUCACUAACAAGAUUUCUGUCAUCUGACAGUAAAUGCUAAUACACUCGACAUUCUACAUAUAUGACAAAUUACAAAUACGGAAACAAGGCGAAUUUCUCGAA